AUGGCUUCCGACGCUGUCUUCAAUCAAGUCGAUCUUAACAAGGAUGGACGUGUUGAUCUCGGUGAAUUCCGUAACUUCCUCGGUCAGAACCUUGGUGCUGGUGCUGGCUAUGGUGCCGGUUCAUCAUGGGAAUCAUCAUCAUACGGUGCUGGUGCUGGUUUAGGCGGUGGUGCUGGUUGGAGUGAAUCAUCAUCCUUCGAAACAGGAGCAUCAGGUGCUGCUUUUGGUGGUGCUUAUGAUGCAUCAUACGCUGUUGGUGGUGGUCUUGCCGGUGGUGCCGCUAGCUACGAAUCAAUCGCAGGCAGUGCUGGAUAUGCUGGUGAUGCUGCUAUCGUUGCUGGUGGAGCAGCCUUUGAUUCAUCAGCCGUUGCAGCCUCUCAAGUCCACUAUGCUACUGAUGCUCAAGGUCUCUUUCAAGAUCCAAACCCACAAAUCAUCCGUCGUCCAGCUCCCGGUGGUGUACAAACAUAUACACAAAACAUCCGAGUUCGCUUCCUUCAACCACCACCAGUCCCACCUCCAGGCCCACUCAUCAUCAGAGAAGUCCGACCACCUCAACCACCUGUACCACCCCCACUUCGUCUUCGUCAAGUAGCUCCACCUCUUCCAACACCACCACCACUCGUUCUCCGUGAACGACCACCAGUACCACCUCCAGUUGUUGCAUCACAAACUGUCGUUCGUCGUUUGGCUGCUAUCCCAGUUCCACCACGAUCAGUCAUCAUCGAACGUCUCCCAGCUGCUCCACCACGACCACGUGACAUCAUCAUCGAACGUUGGGUUCCAUAUGGAGCUCAAGCUAAACGACGCACCAUUCUUCAACGUGCUGGUGCUGCUAUUCAAUACCCAGCUCCACGCAAUGUUAUCAUCCAAUACGAACAAGCUCCAGCUCGCAUUGUUCGUCAAUUCCAACGCCUCGGUGUUGUUGCAGCUAGUCCAGCUGCCUAUGUUCAAACAUAUGGUGCUCAACUUCUUGAUGCCGCUGCACUUCUUUCACAAGCUCGUGCUGCUGGUGUUGUUGAAGACAUCUCAGCCCCUGGUUUUGUUGGUUAUAGUGGUGCUGCAAUUGGUCAAGAAUCAUGGAGUGCCUCAUCAGGCUUAGUAGGUGGUGGUGCUCUUGCAACCGGAGGUGUUGAAGUUGUUGAUAGUGGUCUUGCUCUUGGUGGUGGACUCAGUUCAUCAUCAUUCGAAUCAUCAAGCUUCUCAUCAGGUGGUGCUGGCGGUUGGGAAGGUGGUCUCGUUGGUGGUGGUGGUUAUGGUGGAUCAUGGGGAUCAUCAGGCCUUGUCGGUGGUGGUAUUAGCGGAGGUGAUGCUGCUUUCCUUAAUGCUGAUACCAAUCUUAAUGGCUCCCUUGAUCAAGGAGAAUUUCGCCAAUUCCUUGCUCAAAAUCUUUAA